GCGGCACGUGGUGGCAGAUUCCUGCCUGCGUCGCGCUUAAAUUUUAACUGUCGCUCACCGGCCACCGUCGAUCCCCUCUCCUCAGACUCCCUCCACUUCCUCACAGCUGUUGCUAGCUGUCUCCCUCAUCAAUUCUUCCUCCCUUGGCAUUGCUUCAAAUACAAAAACCUAAUCGACGAGUUAAGUGUCUGUUGUCAAUUAUCCUCCGCCGCCGCCGCCGCCGCCGCCGCCGUUUCUGAAACAGCAUGUACGUGCGGAGAUCCGCCGCGCAGCUCCCGCCGAAAUCGCCAACCGCGGCCGCCGCGCCCAGUCACUUGCCUCGCCACGACCCUUCUUCGGCCGCAAUGCUGGCGGCUGCGCAGCAGCCUCCCGCCUGGGUCGUCGACGAGUUCCUCGACUUCUCCGCGGCGCGGCGCGGCCACCGCCGCCGCUCCGCCAGCGACGACUCCGUCGCCUUCCUCGUCGACGAGGCUGGAGGAUUCGACGACCGCCUCGUCGACGAGGACCAGCUGAUGUCCAUGUUCUCCGACGAGCUGGUCCCGGCGCCGCAAACGUCUUCCAGCACUGCGCCGUCGGACCACAACAGCGUCAACGAGGAGAAGCCGGCCGCGCCGGCGGCGGGGACCGAGGAGGCGCAGAGCCUAUGCAAAACGGAGAGCGAGACCGCCGGAUCUGAGCAUCCGGCCGUGGACCCCAAGAGAGUAAAGAGGAUUUUAGCAAACAGGCAGUCGGCGCAGAGGUCGCGAGUGCGCAAGCUUCAGUACAUUUCCGAGCUGGAGCGCAGCGUGACUUCGUUACAAAAUGAAGUUUCGGCGCUGUCUCCUCGGGUGGCGUUCCUCGAUCACCAGCGCUCCAUUCUGACAAUGGGCAACAGCCAUCUCAAGCAGCGGAUUGCGGCGCUGGCGCAGGACAGAAUUUUCAAGGACGCGCACCAGGAAGCAUUGAAGAAGGAGAUUGAGCGACUAAGGCAAGUGUACGAGGAGCAAAAUCUGGAUAAAAAUCAUAAAAGAACGGCAGCUUCCGAACCUGUCGUCGCCGUCGCUGCUCCAGAGAAAGAAUUGCUCUGCUGACAGAAGAAUAUAAUGCAGAAGUGCAUGCCGAGGGAAGCGAUGUAUUAGUUGGUUUAGUUUCUUCUCUGUUUUGUUCCAAGUGAGUAAUGUAGGCAUUGAUUGUUUAAUUGUGCAUUUGUUUGCUUAACUGUAUUUAUUUCCAUUGUGUUGGGGGAAAAUUUGUACCGUGUGCUGCUUGAGCAGAGUAGUAAUUAAGAGUUUCUUUGGGGAAUAAUUUGUAAUUUGUAUGAUGAGAACUUCUAACGAGAGGUGUCACUGGAUUUGUGUCUAGCGACGUCGAUUCAUUCUAAAGCAGAGUCAAAAA